AUGGAGCAGGAAAAGCGAGCCCGUGAUGAGGCAGCCCUCACGGUCACGGACAUGGUGGAGGAAGUAAAGCUGCUGGAGGAAGAAUGGGAAGUGCUUUCCACAAGAAUUGCUGAACAAGAAGAAGACUUGAAAAAAAUAAAACAGCUCGAAGGUUCAGCCCUCCAGACGAAGGAGUGGGAAGCAGCAAUGCUGAUUAAAUCAUUGGAAGAGCUUCAACAGCAAAAGUUUGCUAUGCAAGAAGCCGUCAGAACAAUAAUUGAAAAAAUUCGGGUGAUGCUGAAAGAGGCAGGCCUUAGCACAGAUAUAUCCGGAGAAGACCAAAUCAGAGACAAAGGGGGAGAGAAAUAUCAAGUCCGGGAGGCAUCUUUGGAUCUCAGAACAACUGAUAUGAACAGCGGCAGUGAUCCCUCCUCAACAGGGGCCGUGCAGGAUACUUCCAGCGGCAGUGACAGUAAUCAAUCAUUCACAGGGACUGUGCAGGAUCAUUCCAGUGGCAGUGAUCAAUCAUCAAUAGGGGCCGUGCACUAUAACUACAGCGGCAGUGAUCAAUCAUCAAUAGGGGCUAUGCACUAUAACUACAGCGCAGUAAUCAGUUAUCAACAGCGGCCGUGCACUAUUCGGAAACCUGAUGCAAAAGCUUAA